UUUGCCUCUGUAUUCUUGUUCCUGAUAAUGGCACCAAUACCUUUCUAAACCCAAGCCAUGGCGAUGAUAGUCCCCAGUCUCUCCUCUCCGAAUCCCUCUCUUCUUAACCUCAAAUUUUCACCGCUUUCUACUCUGGGCAUUCGAGUUCGAUCCCGAACAGCCCCUUUUCCCUCUUCUACAACCAAAAUCCAAUCAUUCAAUCCCAUACAAACUCAUAACUUUCAAGGGUUUUCUGGGAAAACACCUGAGCUCUUGCUCAGAAGAAAUUUGAGGGUUUGCGUGGCUGCGAAAGAUGAUGGUGAUGAUGGUAUUGAUGAAGCUGAGAAGCAGGCUAGAGGGGAGAGUACUAUGCCUGAGCGGUUCCGGUACAUUACGAAAGAAGCUCCCGACCCUCCCUUGAGAUGGCCUUUCUUUGUAGCGGUUGCUUUUCUACUCUAUGCAUGGAGGGCAGUUUUGUUCGAGUUACAUAACUGGAAAAAGGCUGCAAUCGCCAUUGUUCAUUUUCUGGGAUAUCUCUCAAAACUUGCAUUGGCCCUUGUCUUUCAUUUCUUAGGUGAUCCAAUCACUUCAGUGAUCAGAUCCAUUGAGACGACAUUUUAUACCAUUCGAUCUUUCUACUCCGGUAUAGUUGCUUAUGCUCCAGUUCCAGAGCUGACCACAAUUAUUAUACUGUCAUCAGUUGUCCUUGCUAUUGCAGAAGCCACAGUUCCAGACUCUGUUAACAGCCAACCGUAUAUCCUCACCUUAUCUGGCCUAAUUGGUUAUGCAGCUGUAGGAGGCUACAUCUCUGAGCCUUUCUUCUGGACCCUUUUGGUGGGGCUCUACGGGUUUUCAAGAUUUUUUCAGAAGAGAGAUGAUGUUUCAUCGGCAUUGCCUGCAGUAGCCGUUCUGGCUGCUGUUGGAGAACCCUGGAUUAGAGUUUUGGUGAUUGGUUCAUAUUUGGCAUUAGCGAUAUAUCAUCAUUCGAAGAAAUCACUAGAAAGGAAGGAAGAAGCGGUAGUGACAGCUAGGAAGCUUCCACUUCCAUUGCUGGGUGUUGCCUUAGCAAUUGGAAUUCGUAUUGCUGCUAAGUGGGCUGGUUACCGGCAUUUGACAUGGAUGAUAGUAUGAGCUCAUAAAAAUAAAAAGUACUUGUUGUGAUAUCCAAUUCUCUGUCAAAGCUUUAAAGUAGUUUUCUUGAGUUCUGUUUUCCUUCUCUCUAAAUUUUUGCUAAGCCGUGUACAAAAGUUGAUAAUUCAGAGAUCCUUGUUGAGUUUGUCUCCCAUAUUAUUAUUGAAGCUAAUCAUUUUUGUAUUACGGCCA